CCCACCCCCAGAAUUUUGUAGGUGUAUGGUCGGCCAAGGCGGCCAAGCCGCACAGAUGCCAAACAUCAGCCGCCUUGUGGAGGCCGUUUGUGUACAGCUGUCCAGGAUUCACCCCGAAGGAACCACCAUCAGCGGCGUGAGGGUGAACCGCUGGGCAGCUGUGAUGCGGGAUUACAUCUGCAUCCAGGAAAAUAUCCUGACAAAUCCGGUACUCGUGGCCCAGACACGCAUCCAGUUAUUCCCCCUCAAUCAGCGCACCCUGGCACAAUGGCACUACACUCGCACCAGGGAGCUGGUACGGCGGGCUCUGGAGAUAGCCGUGCCACUGCCAACCAGCUCGGCCCUUGCUUCAGAGCCCACCCCUACCGUUCGACCACGACCCACGGGCCCCGAGCUGUCCGCUGCACAACCACUACACUUCCAUAUCCCGCCUGACCUAUCUGGUCAGGCGACGCAGCGACGUCGGGGCCCCGUGGAUGUGGCACCAGCCAUAAUUGGGCACCCCCCCGAGCCACAUGAAGCACCCGUCACCCAGCCACUCUCCCCGCCGGCUGACACUGCCACUGCUCCGCUUCCACCGCCGCCGGCAGGACCCUCAGUACCCCGCACCACUGCCUGGCUGCGAAAGAAAAAGGAGGAGGCGGACGAGCUGGCACGACAGCAAGGAAACCCCCCCCAAGCAACGGAAAAAAAUCGAAAAUUACAUUUGCAAGUGCUGUGGCCGUCCUAAAACAAAAGAGUUCGGCCACAGCCAAUUUGGGGGGGAAUUCUUUUGCUCCACCUCAGCCGGCAAAACUAUACAGGAGUGGCUGGAGGAAAAGAGGAGGGAGAAGAAAAAUCGUGCUGGGGGGGGAUAGCCAUUAA